CCAAUAUGGUGUCCAAGCAGCAGUAACAUUUCGAACCAUGUGGAUUUUCUACGGCAAACCUAUAAAUUGAAUAAUGGCAACAGCUAAAAGUCCAGCUAAAGCAGCCCCUCCUGUUAAUGGCACAGACCUGAAGAAGAAGAAACACCACUUCUGCAUUAUAUGUCGAUGCCACUAUAUGAAACAGAAGGCUCAUGAGCACCUGCACAGCAUGCUCCAUCACAGUGCACUGGAUGCACUGCUGGAUAAGGAUGUAGGUCAUCAGUGCCAGGCAUGUAGGGGCCCCUCUAUGAGCCUGGCCCAAUAUGAGGAACACAUCUCCUCUGCAGACCACAACACGAAACUCCACAUCCUGAUUUCCAAGAACAUCAAGCCCAAGUACCUGCUAAAGCACCUAAGCCAGGAGACCAUCAUCUCCAUCCUGGAGCGCAACAAGAAGCUCAAAAAGCAAGAGAAAAAGGCUCACAAGAAACAAAAGAAGAAAGAAAAACAGCUCUUGGGCCCUAAACCCAAACCUAAGUCCGAAGGAGCCAGCACACAGCAUACCAAAGAGUGUGCUACCAACAUACACAGAGACCCUCGGACUGCACACCAGUCUAUGCCAAGCCCAAGUGUGGUCCCUCUGCCAGCACCCCCUUUUGGUCGGACUCUGCAACAGCCCCAUUUUCAAAUGUCCUUUCAGUCUGGGGCUAAUGCGAACCAGAAUGCAAUGAAUGAUCAUCCCCAAAACUUGGAAAGGAAAAAACAUCUUGGUAUAAAAGCUAGUGCUGAUGGACUUCUUGCUAAUGGCAAGAAUGGUUAUUUCAACAAUUAUGGAUCCAACCCAAGUGGAGGUAUUAUGGAUUUUACUAGUGAUUGCUUGCCUGAAGAUGGCGCUAUUAUUUUUGAGCCAAGAACAAAUCCACAAAGUCAAAAGUAUUCUCUAGAAAAUGGAUCACAAAUGGACGUGGCUACAGCUACAAAGCGCAGCGUGGACAUGAGCGUGAUGAUUCGGCAGAUCCGCAGAGAACUGGGUCUGAGGGAGCCAUGUAGAGCCGACCGUGAGGCCAGGAAGCAACACAUCCAAGCACAAAGCAGUCAGUGUAAUGUGGGCACACAAGCUGCCAGUGCACAUGUCCUCAGUAACGCUAAGGAGAAGGAGCAAAUAGGGGCAGAUGGUAUGAGCGGGUUGCUAAAGACAGGUGGAGGGAGUGGUAGUGGCAGAGGUAAGGGACCAAAAGGUUCCAUGGGGGACAGUGUGAAUUCAAGCCUCCAGUGUCUGGUGAGGUUGUCUGGAACCAGUGGUAAAUCAGACGGGGCCCACAUGUUCUCUGGGCUGAGAAGAGGUGGGACAAAAGGACUGCCCAGGUUCAACAUAGAGCUGUCCAGACCUCCUCCUGCACAAGCCCCUGUUCUACCUCCAGAGAGCACUGUGUCUCCAUUGUUAGAGGGUUUUCAGUGGGAGACCAUCACAGGCUUGGUGCCUGGGUCAAGCCUGUGCUCUCCUGUUCCUUUACCUCCUCUGUCACAGGCUCCUAAUCCUGUGGUCCUGUCAGCCCAGCACCUUUCAGCCCAGUACCCCAGCACAGAGCCCAUACCGAGGCUGCUCCAGGUUAAGAUGGAGGCCAUAGGAGAUGGAGAGGAGGAAGGGAACUAUAGGACUAAGAAGAGGAAGAGGGCCCAUGUGAGUGAUGAGGUUUGUGAACCGGGUCCCAGUUUUAAGAAGACAAUGUCUCAAAAUGCAGACCAGUCUCCAUUGGACCGGCUGUGCUCCGUGUCACUGAUGGAAGAGAACCUGAAUCUCCGGCUACAGGAGCUGGACAAGGCCAUCGUCCAGGCUCGCAACACCCUACAGACCUACCUCAUCCUCAAGGAGAAGUGCGUUGCUGAAGUAAACAGUCUCAGAGCUCAGCGCAUUGAGAUCUUGCUCACAAUGAAAGAGGGACUGCAUGGAGCCUCAAACAUGGAACUGUCUUCUCCUGAAGCUGCCCGUCCCGCCACACUCGUCACUCCUGUGGCACCUGCCCCUUCUCCACCCGCGCCAUCAAACAGCCAGCCCUCCUCGGCUCAAGCCAAACAAAUUUACCAAACGCUCCUAAAUGUUCCAGAAAAUACAACUUCAAAUGUAGAUACUACAAUUAAUCAACUCUUACCUUCAAAUUUACCAGAACCAAUAAUACCCAAUAAUAUAACAACUGCUACUACUGCUUCUAGUACUACUGUUACUACACCCAUCACCUUAGCAAAUAAGGUACUACUACAAAAUCCGUCAAAGGUGAAUAUCCAAGUUAUGUCACCGGUGGUUUCAAAGGAUGAUGUUAAACUAACAAAAGAAGCUCCCACUGUUCAAAGUGAUUCUGAACCAAGACAAUCAAAAAAAACAGCUGAAAGUGCGUCCCAUCUGGUAGAAAAUGGUGAUGAUGGGGAUUAUUUGGAGGUGAUGGAACCUUGUAACAAAGUGGUGAUAAACCUGGAAUCUGACAAUGAGGAGGAGGAGGAGGAGGAGGAGGAGGAGGGGAGAGGUCCAACUCUAGCCUCAAAAGAGCAGGAGGCUGUAGAGGGAAGUCCACCAGGCAGCCCAGUCAUACAGGAGCACAGAAAUGUAGAAGCUGCAUCUUUGCAAAAGACUAACACAAGUACAGCUCACAGACUCAUGGAGGAGGAGGAGCCCUGUGUGAGAAGCUUUGAGAAGCACUCUGGUCCAGUUAUGGCUCUACAGAUCUAUGAGGGGCUGCUGUAUACCGGCUCUGGUGACCACACGGCACGAGCCUACAACCUGCAGACCAAAGAAUGUGUGGGAGUGUUUGAAGGCCACUCCAACAAAAUCAACUGUCUCCUGGUGACGGCCAUUUUGAAUCUCCCUCCAAAGCUCUUCACAGGCUCCAGUGACCAGACUAUCCGCUGUUUUAGCACCAAGACGAGGAAGUGCCUGGAGCAGCUGUCUGUGCCUGACCGUGUGCUGUGUCUGCAUGUGGCCUGGAACAUCCUGUACGCCGGCCUGGCCAACGGCUCAGUCACCAGCUUUGAUCUGAAGAGCCUGAAGGAGCUGGAGGUGUUUGAGUGCCAUGGGCCCCGGGGGGCCAGCUGCCUUUCCUCUGCUCAGGAGGGGGCCCGCCGGGUGCUGCUGGUUGGCUCCUACGACAGCACCAUCAGUGUGAGGGACGCCAGGAGUGGACUGCUCCUACGCACGCUCCAGGGCCACUCCAAAACUGUGCUCUGCCUCAAGGUGGUGAAUGAGCUUGUCUUCAGUGGCUCCAGUGAUACUUCUGUCCAUGCACACAACAUACAUACAGGGGAGCUGGUGAGGAUCUACAAAGGCCACGGACAUGCGGUCACCUCCAUCGUCAUCCUUGGCAAAGUCAUGGUCACGGCCUGUCUGGAUAAACUGGUCCGAGUCUACGAGUUACAGUCUCACGACCGGCUGCAGGUGUACGGAGGCCACAGUGACAUGGUGAUGUGCUUGGCCAUUCACAAGAGCGUGAUGUACACAGGCUGCUACGACGGCUCUGUCCAGGCUGUGAAACUCAACCUCAUGAACAACUUCCGCUGCUGGUGGCAGAACUGCAGUUUGAUCUUUGGUGUGGUGGAGCAUCUGCUUCAGCAUUUAUUGAGUGACCACAGCAGCCCCAAUCUGCAGACAGUCAGGUGCAGGUGGAGGAGCUGCUCCACCUUCUUCUCCACACAGAGAGCAGUGAGACAGGAGCUUCCUGCCCACAUGAAGGGCCACGUGGAGACCGACAGUGAGCCGUGACAUUCUUCAGUUUGGAGUCACAUUCAUCACAUUGAAAUAAUCUGUGUCUAAUGCCUUGUACAGGUUUAAUUUCCAUCCUUUAUGCUUUUUAAUCUUAACCUUAAUUUGCUUAUUCAACAAUUUGUUACAAUUUACAAAAGAAUGUUAUUCUAAGUUCUAUGUAUACACUGAUGACAACCAACAAAGAAUAUUUAAAAAGUAUUACUAGGGAUGUACCGAUAUCGAUACUUGUACUUGUCAUAGUCCUGCCGAUGUCACCAUAUUGUGUGACCAUAGUAAGAAAAGUAAGAAAACACAACUCACUGUCAGGCCCUGUCCACAGAAAUUUCUCGCUGCUAUCCUGAAAGUGGCUCCUAAAUUCUAUUGGAUUUACACAUAACUACAGUGAUUUUGUUAGAAAUAUAAAACAGCCCUACAGAUAAGUCUUCCAGUGAAAAAGUAGGCUAUAUUUAAUAAAUCCUAGGCAAUGAAUUAGAUCUACCACUCUAACAAACCCCCAGUAAAAAUAGCGUCUGAUACUGGUACGGUGUAUCAGCAAGUACUCAAAAUUAAGUACUUGUUUUUGAAAAGUGGUAUUAGUACAUGACACUGUCUCACAUAAAAUGGGUACAAACUUGUCUUUUCAAAUCUGAAUUUGAAAAGAUAAAUGGCCUUUUAGACCAUCUAUAUACCAAACACAUGCCUUCACUGGCUUUCCUAUUUCAAUGUGUGUGCAAUUGUCAAAGUUCCAACUACUAUGUAAUAUUGUUUAUUAUCAUAUGUACAGCUAUUAAAAUACAACAUCAAGCAG